GGAGAGGAGGGGAGGAGGAAUUCUGACGCGGGACGUUUGCGGAGCUCCGCGGAUUGUUGUCUCCAGCUGCUCCUGAUGAUGGGAACCAGGAAUGAUCCGGAGCGGCUCCUCAGGAUGGGCAGAGAUCAGCUUUAACUUCAGCUGCUGGGACAUGGAUGAGUUCCAUCCGUUCAUCGAGGCUCUGCUGCCCCAGGUCCGUGCCUUUGCUUACACAUGGUUCAACCUCCAGGCCAGGAAGAGGAAGUACUUCAAAAAGCAUGAGAAGAGGAUGACGAAAGAGGAAGAGAGAGCUGUUAAAGACGAAUUACUGGGAGAAAAAGCAGAGGUGAAACAGAAGUGGGCCAGUCGUCUUUUGGCCAAACUAAGAAAAGACAUCAGACCUGAAUGCAGAGAGGACUUUGUCCUGUCCAUCACUGGGAAGAAGGCUGCGUGCUGCGUCCUGUCCAAUCCGGACCAGAAGGGCAAAAUGAGGCGAAUAGACUGCCUGCGACAAGCUGACAAGGUCAAACAUUGCUGUUCCAGUUAAACAUGGAGUAAAAGGGAAUCUUUUGCUGCGUUACUUGAUUGUAUUUAAUGGAUUUUUGACCUUUUCAAUCAGCAAAGUGCAGAAAACAUGCAGCCAAACGACUCUUUAGACACACAUUGGCAGAUCUGGACAGGAGAGGUCCAUAAAUGACUGCAGCAGAAUGAAGGCAGUGAAAUGU